AUGAAAAUAACAGUAGAAGCAACAGAUAUAAGGGAUGACAAAAAGUACUACGCCACUGUCGAGUCAUGGGAAACACUCGAGACUGUCCGGUCCAUUCUUCAAGAAAAGGUUCCAAAUGCAACAACAACAAACCAGCAGUUUUACGUUCAAGAUGAAUUCAUCAAUCCAACCAUCCCCGCCGAUCAACUACGGAAGAAAUCGAGGGCAGCGGGCAUGCUGGACGAUAACGAAGAUGAAGGAGAACCCAAACUCGCCCGUUGUUUUCUGUAUAUCAGCCCUACCCCGCUUGACUUCGGUAACAUGAUGCUAGACGGUAAAUGGCAGAAACACCAAGAGGAAAAUUACCAGAAGGGGGAGGCUACACUAAUUUAG